GAACCACGUAGUUCAAAGUCGAACUUGAAACCGGACUGAGGGGUGCGCAGUAAAGUAACUGCGUGUGCACAACAGCAAUACGUCAUUAAGGAAGGAGCAAGUGAAGGAUAAAACAAUGAAUACACUUCUGGUCACAGUUUUAGCCUACCUUAUUACACUGUGUAGUGGUAAAACUUCUGAUACGACCAGCUCUGUUAAUGAGAAAACAUCGAAGGAAACUGCAAGGGAGAUAGCUGGGUAUUCUGAAGUUGCUCUGGAUAUCAUUAAUCUUGCUGUUAGUGGCAAAGCUCAAAACCGAUCUUAUAACAGACUGGCUGAUUUCACAGAUACCAUAGGAAACAGACUGAGUGGAUCACCAAAUCUCGAGCUUGCCAUCAAGUACAUGUACAAUGCUCUAACUCAGGAUGGCCUAGAGAAUGUCCAUCUGGAGCCUGUCAAGGUUCCUCACUGGGUGAGAGGAGAGGAGUCUGCCAUGAUGCUGGAACCUAGGAAUCACAGCAUGGCCAUUCUCGGUUUGGGAAGCAGUAUUGGGACCCCUUCAGCAGGAAUCACGGCGGAGGUGAUUGUAGUGCAUUCAUUUGACGAGUUACACCAAAGAGCUCAAGAGGCUAAAGGGAAGAUUGUUGUGUAUAACCAGCCAUUCGUCGGAUAUGGUGAAAGUGUGCAGUACCGAGCUUUUGGAGCUACAGAAGCGGCUAAGGUUGGGGCAGUGGCUUCGCUCAUAAGAUCUGUUACUCCGUUUUCUAUUAACAGUCCACACACUGGAUGGCAAGAUUACAGCCCUGGCGUGCCAAAGAUCCCCACAGCCUGUAUAACAGUGGAGGAUGCUGAGAUGAUGGCACGCAUGGCACAUCAAGGCACCAAGAUAGUGAUUCAUCUGCAGAUGGGAGCCAAGACUUACCCAGAUGCGGACUCCUACAACACAGUGGCAGAAAUUGUUGGCAGCAAGUUCCCAGAACAGACUGUGUUAAUUAGUGGCCACCUGGACAGCUGGGAUGUAGGGCAAGGGGCCAUGGACGAUGGUGGUGGAGCCUUCAUCUCAUGGGAGGCACUUUCUCUUAUCAAAGACCUUGGCCUGCGCCCUAAGAGAACCCUUCGGAUGGUGCUUUGGACUGGAGAGGAGCAGGGCGGGGUUGGAGCGGAGCAGUACUACCAGCUUCACAAGGUGAAUAUCUCAAACUUUGACCUGGUAAUGGAAUCGGACAUAGGCACAUUUACACCUCUUGGCCUUCAGUUCACUGGGAUCGACAAAGCCCAAGCAAUCAUGAAGCAGGUCAUGAUGCUGCUGCAACCUAUCAACGUCACUGGCCUGUCCGAGCAUGGAGAGGGAACUGACAUUAACUUCUGGAUGCAAGGUGGCGUACCAGGAGCCAGCCUCCACGAUGAUGCAAGUAAAUAUUUCUGGUUUCACCACACUGAAGCAGACACUAUGUCAGUCCAGGACCCUGUCCAGAUGAAUCUGUGUUCGGCUGUGUGGGCUGUCGUUUCCUAUGUUGUUGCUGAUUUGGAGGAGAUGUUGCCAAGGUAGUGCAGAGAGGGCAAUAUGAUUUAUGCUUCUCUGUAUGAGAUGACACACGAGGGUUACAGCUGUGAAGGGAUUAUUGCAUGCCAAAUCAAAUGAUUUUUAUUGUUUUUGUUUGUUUCUUUUACCUCAAAUCACAUUCCUUUUACUUAGCAACUGUUUAUUUGCAGUUUUACCUGAUGCACUUCUUCUUUGUGACAAAGAUUGUUUUAUAGUGUUUUUUAGCUUGUAAAAAUAUAGUGAAUAAAGACACUGUAUUCUC